UGUGAAGCGCGUGCGCACUUCGAGCCGGUUUUAUAAACAUCUACAUAGAUAGAAUGGGUGGUAACUAUUCAGCCAUGGACCCAAUGGAGGUGCCUGUCCCGGAGUUAGCCAAAUUACUCGAAAGGGACGGCUAUUUGAAACCUUACGAGAGAGAAAUCAGACGCAGGUAUGGCUGCUUUAAAGACAUAUGGGACAGAAUGGAGUCUUGGGAAGGAGGGAUAGAUGCUUUUACACAAGGGUACAAAUACUUCGGACCACAGUACCACUCUGACGGAGGCGUCACGUGGCGCGAAUGGGCUCCCGGCGCACAUUCUAUGCAUCUACAAGGAGAGUUUAAUGGCUGGAAUUCCAGAAGCCAUGCAUUCAAGAAGCUAGAGUUCGGCAAAUGGGAGCUGUACAUAGCUCCUAAUCCAGACGGAAGCUGUCCUCUCAAACACCAGAGCAGAGUGCAGAUCAUCGUCAACGAGCACCUGUAUCGAGUAUCUCCUUGGGCCAGUUAUGUGAAACCUUUCGAAGGAUUUACUUAUCAGCAAUUCAUUUACAGGCCAGAAGAGGCAUACCAAUUCAAACAUCCAAAAGUGAAUCGCCCUGCAUCUUUACGUAUCUACGAGAGUCAUGUCGGAAUCGCAACAUCUGAGGGUAGAGUCGGCACGUACGACGAAUUCAGGGAAAAUAUUCUUCCGAGAAUUAAAAAACAAGGUUACAAUGCUAUUCAACUUAUGGCCAUCAUGGAGCACGCAUAUUAUGCAUCUUUCGGGUACCAAGUCACAAGUUUCUUUGCAGCUAGCAGUCGUUACGGCACUCCUUGUGAACUGAAAAGGCUAAUCGACAGAGCGCAUGAACUUGGCCUUUACGUAUUACUCGAUGUGGUACACUCACACGCCUCCAAGAACACCCUAGAUGGUCUCAAUGAGUUUGAUGGCACUAAUUCCUGCUACUUCCACGACGGACCUCGUGGAACUCACAGUUUGUGGGACAGCCGGCUUUUCAAUUAUUCUGAAACUGAAGUUUUGAGGUUCCUGUUGUCAAAUCUCAGAUGGUAUCAAGAAGAAUAUCAGUUUGACGGAUUCAGAUUUGACGGUGUAACGUCUAUGUUGUACCACAGUCGCGGUAUAGGCGAAGGUUUUUCGGGUCACUACGAUGAAUACUACGGCCUUAACGUAGACACAGAGGCCUUGGUCUACCUUAUGCUUGCCAAUGAACUCAUUCACAAAUUUGAUAAGAAGGCCAUUACUAUCGCUGAGGAUGUAUCUGGUAGGCCAGCGUCGUGUAGACCUGUCGCCGAAGGAGGUACCGGUUUCGACUAUCGCCUGGGCAUGGCCAUCCCCGACAUGUGGAUAAAGCUGCUGAAGGAGGAAAAAGACGAGGAUUGGAAGAUGGGACACAUAGUUCACACGCUCACGAAUAGACGAUGGAUGGAGGGAACAGUUGCUUAUGCUGAGAGCCAUGAUCAGGCUCUUGUUGGUGACAAGACCAUAGCGUUCUGGCUGAUGGAUGCGGCGAUGUACACCCACAUGAGCACACUGAGCGAGCCGAGCCCCGUGGUGGAGCGGGGGCUGGCUUUACAUUGCAUGAUCAGACUUAUUACGCAUUCUCUUGGAGGGGAGGCAUAUUUGAACUUUAUUGGCAACGAAUUCGGUCACCCCGAAUGGCUUGACUUUCCGCGGGCUGGAAACAACUCCUCAUAUCAUUACGCGCGUCGCCAAUGGCACCUGGUCGAUGACGAUCUUCUCAAGUAUAAGUUCCUGAAUCAGUUUGAUAGAGACAUGAACGAGUUGGAGGAGAAAUAUGGCUGGCUGCAUGCUGACCCUGCUUACGUCUCUUGCAAACACGAAGGCGACAAGGUAAUAGCGUUUGAACGCGCGGGUCUGCUGUUCGUCUUCAACUUCCACCCUUAUCAGAGCUUCACUGACUACAGGGUUGGCGUCAAUGUCGCUGGAAAUUAUCAGGCGGUUCUGUGUUCAGACAGCAAAAAGUAUUCAGGAUUCGGACGCGUCGAGCCUCAAGGAGAACACCACAUCACACAAGGCAUGCCAUGGGGGAAUAGAAUGGAUUCAAUACAGAUUUACAUCCCAUGCCGCACGGCAAUAGUAUAUGCAAGAGUUUAAAGUAGUGCUAAUCUUAUUACAAUUGAAUAAUUCAGUAAUUGUUAGAUUACAUAUAGUUGUUAUAAAUUCUUUAUUUCCUUGAGAAACUAUUUUUGUAUAGAUACAAAGAAUUUUUAUCAAGGAUAUUUAUUGUUGA